CCUCUUCUACAGUCUCACUAAUAAUCAUCCACCACAAUAAUAAUAAUAAUAAUAAUAAUAAUAAUAAUAAUAAUAAUAAUAAUGUAUGACACUAUUCUGUUUUCAAACAACCAUGAUUUGAUCUCUCUUCCACAUUCUUUUUCGACAUCAAUUCCACCAAUUCAUUCAUAUUACAUUAAUAAUUUUCCUUCUUCUUUUUCGGCGCCCGAAUCCUACGAACCGUGAAAGCCUUUGUCCACGUAACAAGUACGAGUAGAUAGAAGUGAAGCCAUGGAAUCUAAAGCUAUUCAAAGGUUACAGUUUCCAGCCAUGGUGUAUUCAGAUAAGGGUGGAAGAACAGUACCAAGUGGUUCUCUUAACAUGUCUUGUGGUUUUAUGGAACAUAAGAAGCUUCGGGUUUUUGUUUCAGUGCCUUCGGUGAAGAUUCAACAGAGAAAGCUCCCUUUGAAGAUUGCAUGUUCUUAUAACAAAGUUCCAGCUUCAACAUUGAAAUCUGAAAGCUUUAAGACUCCUCUCAGUGAAGAGUUGAUUCUGAAGAGUAAAUCCAAAGAGGUGGAGCCGUAUUUAAGUGGACGCUGUAUAUAUCUUGUUGGAAUGAUGGGAUCCGGAAAGACAACUGUAGGGAAGAUUCUGUCACAAGUGCUUUGUUAUUCGUUUUUUGAUAGCGAUACAUUGAUUGAGGAGGAGGUUGAUGGAACUUCAGUAGCUGAUAUAUUCAAGCACUAUGGAGAGACUUUUUUCCGUGAUAAAGAGACUGAGGUGUUGCGGAAGUUGUCAAUGACGCAUAGACAUGUUAUAUCCACCGGUGGAGGUGCUGUUGUGAGGCCUAUUAAUUGGAAAUAUAUGCACAAAGGGGUUAGCAUAUGGUUGGAUGUACCUGUAGAAGCAUUGGCUCAGAGAAUAACAGCUGUAGGAACUAAUUCUCGCCCACUUCUACAUUCUGAAGUAGGAGAUGCAUACACUAAGACUUUCAUGCGUUUGUCUUCUCUUUUUGAAGAACGAAGCCAAGCAUAUGCAAAUGCCAAUGCCAAGGUCUCCUUGGAAAAUAUAGCAGCAAAACUGGGCCGAAAAGAUGUAUCAGAUUUGACUCCAACUGCUAUUGCAAUUGAGGCUCUGGAACAAAUCCUAGGCUUUCUAAAGAGUGAAGAUGGAUAUUGCUAGCUCAAGCUGGUUAUAAUUUCUCUUCAAACCUCAUUUAGUGCAGGAGAAUAUGCUUUUCCUUUGUAUUUGGAAAGAAUUGAUGUAAUGCGGCACCAACAUGGCACAUAUUUAAUGUUCAUGCACGAUUAGUGUUACAUAAUUUGAGAGGAACUGGAAGCAGCAAGUAUUCAGUAUAUACAGUUUUGAUUUUUUGUUCCAUUAUAAACAAGCGCAGAGGAUGUGCAUUGUAAUAGGAUAUGGUUAUAUCAGUUUUGUGUACGCUUUCAUACAUCUGCUCUUGUGGUAAAGUGACCCUAAAUUCAU